AUGGCGAAUUCACCUUUGAAUACGGAUAAAGCGGCUGAUAGUUGUAAUAACAUGGCUGAUGGAAAUACUGACUUUCCAGUAAGUCAUCGUCCUUUGCCUAAAGGUUGGAGACGUCAUGUUGUUAAAAGAAUGAAUGGGAAAACUGCAGGAAAAUUUGAUGUUUAUUUUUACAGUCCUGAAAAUCAAAAGUUUCUGUUAGACAAACAGUGCUUAUCUCCCAAAUCUGUUGUGUCACUUUCUUCAGGUAAUUGGACCCCUUGUGACCAAGGUUUUGAAACAAAAUGUGUGGAAUUGAGAAAUAAAUUUUCAUCAAGCAAAUAUUUUCAAGCGCAAACCAAGUCGCCUAUUCCAAAACUUCAACUUGGCGGAAAAACAAAAUGGACUCCACCCAAAUCUCCAUAUUGUUUGAUUCAAGAAAGUCUCUUCCAUGAUCCAUGGAAACUACUUGUGGCCACAAUAUUUCUUAACAGAACUACAGGUAAAUGUGCCAUUCCUUUGCUCUGGGAAUUUCUCGAUCUUUAUCCAACGCCAGAGAUUGCCCGAAAAGCCGACUGGCGCGAAAUGUCCAAGUUAAUUCAACCUUUGGGUCUGAGCGAAAAAAGAGCAAAGAUCAUCAUUCGAUUUUCAGAAGAGUAUCUCACAAAAAACUGGACUUACCCAGAUGAACUUUAUGGCAUUGGAAAAUAUGGCAAUGAUUCUUAUCGGAUAUUCUGUGUCUCUGAAUGGAAACAUGUGAUUCCUACAGAUCACAAGCUGAACGAUUAUCAUAGAUGUCUGUCCAAAACUAUGUCUUUCCAUAUCUAUCUAUCUAUCUAUCUAUCUAUCUAUCUAUCUAUCUAUCUAUCUAUCUAUCUAUAA